ACAGGCAGUCAGACGGUCAGCACAACUCGAAAGACUGACAAAGGGGAAAACAUAACGCGAAACAAUACCCCAACAGAAGACAAGAGUUUAAGAGCUUUAAGUUAAACAAGUGCUGCAUUUCUAAUUCUUUAUUUUCUUCACCUGGGAAACAUCAACACAAACCCUUUGACAAAAUGAUGCAAAUCGCAGAGACCUACACGCAGAAGAACUCCCUGUUCAACGCCAUGAACCGCUUCAUCGGCGCCGUCAACAACAUGGACCAGACGGUGAUGGUGCCCAGCCUGCUGAGGGACGUGCCACUGGAGAACGAGAAGCCAGAGAUGGAGGUGGCCCCACCGAGCACGGGCAGCUAUCUCCAUGACGCCGAGGCAGACAUGUUCAGCUACUACGUGCAGCUCAAGGCCAUCCGCAACGACAUCGAGUUCGGCGGCGUUCUGGGGCGCUCUAUGGAAGAGAUGAGGCGUAAGGAGAAGGAGAGCCUUGCGCACGAGGCCAACAACAGCCGCGCCAACAACGGCCACAACAAUGACAACAAUGACGCGAGCGAGGAGGUCGACCUCGAGCAGCUGUUCCGGUUCCACCUGAAGGGGCUUCACGGAGUGCUGUCCAAGCUCACGCGCCAGGCUAACGACCUCACCAACCGCUACAAGCAGGAGAUUGGCAUCGCGGGCUGGGGCCAGUGAAGCAGAGACUAUUCCGCGACGCGCGCACCCAACCUGCACCUGCUGCUGCUGCUACUCCAACUGUUCGACUAUGACCUCUUCUUCACGACAGAGAUAUGUUGGACAUUUUGAAAAAACCGAGUUGUUCCAAGAACGAGUUAACAAAGGGAUUGAGGACAGAACGAGAUAAGAAGAACUGUCCGCUUCUACUCCUGCGCCCUCGCCUCGCGUCAAUAGAACUGUUCUUCACGCGACGGCGACAGGGCGAACUCAUUGACACCUCGAAACUUUCCACGAUUUGCACUGUUUCCGUUUACUUCCGUUUGACAGACGAUUAAGCCAUGACACAUUGACAAUAUUUAUUUGCUAAUAAUAAUUAUAAUAAUAAUAAUAAUGUAUGAUGUGCUGUACAUUUUAAUGCCUUGUUGUUGUAUUGAUGUUAAGACAAUCCUUUAGGAGUAAUUGUGCUGAAGACUGAUGUCUUAUGAAGCCAACUCUUUGAAAACCCACAGCCAUGAAUUUAACUGUGCUUGUGUAUGUGAAUGUGAGUGUGGUGCAUAGCCUACACUGUAGGAGUGUCACGGGGUGUGUCUGCGCUCCUGACAGUUUGGAUUAUGUUCUACUACUUGACGCACAUUUAUGUCCUGUGUGUGUCUGGAUGUGUGUGUGUUUGCGAUGCUGCUGAGGUGUGUAUGAAGCUAUGGCUGCUGUACUCUGCCCAUGACUGAACCCUCUGUGAAUCUAUGACCUGGAUGUUCUGACUACAUUCUGUAAAUGACGACUUCCGCGAGAUUCAGGCAUCAACUUGUUCAUCACAAAUGUUUUUUUUAACCGUUUGUAAAUGUCUUGUAAAUAUAUUUUUUCACUGAAAAUAAAAUGUUUCAUAA